AGCAUGUACCACCACGCGAGCAACAGUCGCGGCACCUUGGAUGUGGAAAACCGCGUCGUCCUGAACGUGGGCGGCAUACGCUUCGAGACGUACAAGACGACCCUCAAGAAGAUACCCGCAACACGCCUCUCCAGGCUCACCGAGGCGCUCGCCAACUACGAUCCCGUGCUGAACGAGUACUUCUUCGACCGACACCCGGGCGUCUUCGCGCAGAUACUCAACUACUACCGUACCGGCAAGCUGCACUACCCGACCAACGUGUGUGGACCGCUGUUCGAAGAGGAGCUCGAGUUCUGGGGCCUGGAUGCCAAUCAGGUCGAACCUUGCUGCUGGAUGACGUACACGGUGUACAGAGACACGCAGGCCACCCUGGCCAUCCUGGACACACUCGACAUUGAGAACGAGAAGCCCAGUGAUGAGGAGCUUGCUCGCAAGUUCGGCGUGGAGGAGGACUACUACGCGGGCAAGCUCUCAUGCUGGCAGCGGCUCAAGCCACGCAUCUGGCUGCUCUUCGACGAGCCUUACUCCUCUCUGGCCGCCAAGGUCAUGGCCGUCAUAUCCGUCUUCUUCAUCUGCGUCUCUAUCCUGUCCUUCUGCCUCAAGACGCACCCAAACAUGCGGGUGCCCGUCAUCGUCACGACCGUCACGCAGCGCAACACGACCGCCUGGGUCCUGGACAAGGUCAAGACGGACGCCCACGACGCCUUCUUUUACGUCGAGAGUGUGUGCAACGCCUGGUUCACCUUCGAGAUCACCAUCCGGUUUGUGGUGAGCCCGAGAAAGCUCGACUUUGUGCGUGCCCCCAUAAACAUCAUUGACUUCAUCGCGACCAUGUCCUUCUACUCGGACAUGUUGCUCCAGCACCUCGCGGCGGACCUUGAGAACGCCGACAUUCUGGACUUCUUCUCCAUCAUACGAAUUCUGAGGCUGUUCAAGUUGACGCGCCACUCGCGCGGGCUCAAGAUCCUCAUACACACCUUCAAAGCCUCGGCCAAGGAACUCUUCCUGCUGGUCUUCUUUCUCGUGCUUGGCAUCGUGAUAUUCGCCAGCCUCGUGUACUACGCCGAGAGGCUGCAGGCGAACCCUCGUAACGACUUCACCAGCAUCCCCGAGGGCCUGUGGUGGGCCAUCGUGACGAUGACCACAGUGGGCUACGGAGACAUGGCACCCAGAACUUACGUGGGCAUGCUCGUCGGUGCCUUGUGCGCGCUCGCGGGCGUGCUGACGAUCGGGUUACCCGUGCCGGUGAUCGUGUCCAACUUCACCAUGUUCUACUCGCACACGCAAGCGCGCGAGAAGCUGCCCAAACAGCGACGCCGCUUUGUGGGCGAGCCGCCCGGCGCGGGCACGACGGCGACGGCAUCGGCGCCCCCUGUGCCGCAAGCUCGGCGCAUGAACGCCAUCAAGCACCACCAGCACAGCAGGGAAUUUGCCGCCAACAAGCCAGGUAUAUACAACGGUGUCAGCACUCCGGACCAGGCACCAUCGAUGCAGGCGAUACUUACCUAAGGCCCGUGUCAUCGCAAGGAACGCGCACCGGACCUUCUUCAUUGCUGGUGAUUGACUUUGCGGUUGGCUCGAUGCGCCGUUGGCUGCCCAUACUGUAGAGUCAACGCUGAAUCUAUACUCAAACCCACUAGCAAAAACUAGCACGUAAGCCACGCAAGGUUCAACGUGGAGACUACUAGACGAACUGCGGGAACUUGCAAAAACUUCGAAGAAGAGGAAUCAGCUGAAGAGCUCGGCUUGCUUGUGCGCUACCUCCUCUGCUGGAUGUGUACACGUUUGAAGUUGGUGACAUACGAGUCCCGACGUUCGUUUCAAUUCAUUUCAGAUAGUCUCAGGAACACGUGUUAGAUUUUGUUAUGUGGUCUACUUACAGUGCACUUUCGAGCCGCCGAAGGCGCGUACGGAAUUCCUAACUUCAUUGCUACCGCCUCUAGGCAAACUCUACAUGGUACCAUAUCCUAUAACUCCUCCACUACGAAGGAAGUAACUACAUAUUUCGGAAUGAGCCGUAAUGUAAUCAAUAAUAGCAACCAAAAUAGUUAGUGAUUGCUACCAGCUAGCUGUAAUCAUUGCCGCUUUGUCUGGAGUACUUGUGAGCAUUUGAUACCACGUAAAAAAAUUAUUCUGUAGGUACGGGAACACUAACAUUUCAUCAGGCAGGUCUCUCUACUACGUGUAAAGCAGGAACAUAGCCCGUAAAUACAGCUUCGCACAGUGUGAUGAAGCAUAUUUAGGAAAUAAGCAACGUGAACAGCACACGCGCACAUUUAAUGUUUCUAACUUUCUUUUUGUACAAAGCGUUGCUCAGGCAAACAUUCGCGUGGUCUUCAUCUAGGUCCCGCGUAAGGGA